AUGAAACUCAACACCACUGUUGCUCUUGCUAUACUCGGCGUUGCAACCGCUGCACCCCUGGAAGAUCGAUCAUCCAAGGCUGCUACUUGUUUUGCAGUUGAUCUUGUGGUCGACCUUCUACGCCUAUAUCCCUCGGCUUCACCAUUCUGCUCAUCCGUCUUGCGAAUCUCAACCAUCACUACCACCAAGACUGUAUCUUCUACAGCUUCUUACACUUCACCCCUCACCACCACAGUCCCUACCACGGUCUCAACAUUCACGAGCACUGCUGAGCCUAUUACUGAANUAUUCAACCAUGUCAGCACAAGAAAUGGAACAACCAUUACGACUUGCAUCCCCUCCGCCGUGAAUAAGCGUGGUCUUGAAGGACGUGGCCGAGGCACAGCUCCCAUACCUGCCAGCAUAAGCAUUCCUGGCGUAUGUGCUGGAGCCCCUGGUGUUCUCAAGAACAUUGCCUGCAACGCGAUCACAAGUGCUUGUGGUUGUCUCGGCAUCCCGACUCCGACGUCUACUGUAACGCAGACUCUGAUCUCAUCCACGACUGCUUAUCCAGUGGUGACGGCGUACUCGAGCAUUGUAGCGACUAUCACAGUGACAAGUACUACCACAGUUCCUACGACAUCAACCUCUACGGUCAACUAUUGUCCCGUGCCCUCAAGUUGCAACAAUGCCGGAAUCCGAUGGGUGAGAUGCUAUCUCCUGAAUGCUGUGUUGAAUAUUCAUACUGAAGCGAUAUCCAGGNGAUACUACCCCAACUACGAACACAACAACAUCGGCGGUGACGACGGCUACUACAGAAACUACGACCCCACAGUCAUAAAAUCGCUAACUCCUGACUACCAAUCCACGGCAUCCGUCUGCGGCGGACUAAACUUCGACUACGUGACCUCCAUCUCCAUCUACGGAAGCUCACAAACCUUUGCCUCUGAAUACUUCACUCUAAACCACGUCGGCUACAUUUUCGCCCAAGUCACCGGCACGUACACGUUUACUCUGAGUAAUGUGGAUGACAUUGUGAUGCUUUGGCAUGGUGACCAUGCCAUCUCGGGCUGGACACGCGAUAAUGCAGAUGUCACGGCGAUUUAUUCUGUUCAGCCCACUGCGUCUGGCACUGUUGAUUUGGUGCAAGGACAAUAUUUGCCGUUUAGGAUUGUGUUUGGAAAUGCGCAGGGGGCGAUCAAGUUUACCGUGCAGCUUGCUGCUCCUGAUGGGACCGUCAUUUUGGACAGUAAUACGCAGGACUCGAAGUUUUUGGUCAGGUAUUCUUGUGAUGGGGUUGUUGCUCCUGAGUUUCCUGCCUUUGGCUCGGAGACUUGA